CAUGGAGAAGAUGUCCCGUGUAACCACGGGUGGCAGCGUGCUGACAGGCCGCACUAUGCACUGCCACCUGGACGCGCCGGCCAAUGCCAUCAGCGUGUGCCGGGACGCUGCUCAGGUGGUGGUAGCUGGCCGCAGCAUCUUCAAAGUCUACGCCAUUGAGGAAGAGCAGUUCGUAGAGAAGCUGAACCUGCGUGUGGGCCGCAAGCCCUCGCUCAACCUGAGCUGUGCAGACGUGGUCUGGCACCAGAUGGAUGAGAACCUCCUGGCUACGGCAGCCACUAAUGGUGUGGUGGUCACUUGGAACCUGGGCCGACCCUCUCGCAACAAGCAGGACCAGCUGUUCACGGAGCACAAGCGCACAGUCAACAAGGUCUGCUUCCACCCCACGGAGUCCUACAUGCUGCUCAGCGGCUCCCAGGAUGGCUUCAUGAAGUGCUUUGACCUGCGCAGGAAGGACUCUGUCAGCACAUUCUCAGGCCAGUCUGAGAGUGUCCGAGAUGUGCAGUUCAGCAUCAAGGACUACUUCACCUUUGCCUCCACCUUCGAGAAUGGCAAUGUGCAACUCUGGGACAUCCGGCGACCUGACCGCUGUGAGAGGAUGUUCACUGCCCACAAUGGACCUGUCUUCUGCUGUGACUGGCACCCCGAGGACAGGGGCUGGCUGGCCACUGGCGGACGGGACAAGAUGGUGAAGGUCUGGGACGUGACCACACCCCGAGCCAAGGAGGUGCACUGUGUGCAGACCAUCGCUUCAGUAGCCCGAGUCAAGUGGCGGCCUGAGUGCCGCCAUCACCUGGCCACCUGCUCUAUGAUGGUAGACCACAACAUCUAUGUGUGGGACGUACGCCGGCCCUUUGUGCCAGCCGCCAUGUUCGAGGAACACCGGGACGUCACCACGGGCAUUGCCUGGCGCCACCCACAUGACCCAUCCUUCCUACUGUCCGGCUCCAAGGACAGCACACUGUGCCAGCACCUUUUCCGAGAUGCCAGCCAGCCUGUUGAGCGUGCCAACCCUGAGGGCCUCUGCUAUGGCCUCUUUGGAGACUUGGCCUUUGCUGCCAAGGAGAGUUUGGUUGCCUCUGAGUCGGGACGCAAGCCCUACGCAGGUGACCGGCGCCACCCUAUUUUUUUCAAGCGUAAGACAGACUCCACUGAGCCCUUUGCAGGACUGGCCUCCAGCGCCCUCAGUGUCUUCGAGACGGACGCUUCAGGCAGUGGUAUAAGCUGGUUUGUGGACACAGCCCAGCGGUAUGCCCUGACUGGCCGGCCGCUGGCUGAACUCUGUGACCACAAUGCCAAGGUGGCUCGGGAGCUGGGCCGCAACCAGGUGGCUCAGACAUGGACGAUGCUGCGGAUCAUCUACUGCAGCCCGGGCCUGGUGUCCUGCACUAACCUUAACCAUAGCGUGGGGAAGGGGAGCACCUGUGGCCUGCCACUUAUGAACAGCUUCAACCUAAAGGAAAUGGCCCCUGGACUUGGUAAUGAGACCUGGUUGGACCGCAGCAAGGGCGACGCUCGGAGUGACACUGUUCUGCUAGACUCCUCGGCCACACUUAUCACCAACGAGGACAAUGAGGAGACCGAGGGCAGCGAUGUUCCGGCUGACUACCUACUGGGUGAUGUGGAGGGUGACGAGGAGGAACUCUACCUUCUAGACCCAGACCACACACACCCUGAGGAGCCGGAAUACGUGCUGCCCCAGGAGGCCUUCCCACUGCGCCAUGAGAUCGUGGACACACCUCCAGGACCUGAGCACUUGCAAGACAAGGCUGACUCGCCACACGUGAGUGGCAGUGAGGCAGAUGCGGCAUCAUUGGCACCAGUGGACUCUUCGUUCUCACUCAUCUCAGUCUCUCAUGCCCUCUAUGACAACCGCCUGCCGCCUGACUUCUUCAGCAGCCUGGUGCGUGACAUGCUGCACUUUUAUGCUGAGCAGGGCGAUGUGCAGAUGGCUGUGUCGGUACUCAUUGUUCUGGGGGAGCGUGUGCGCAAGGACAUCGACGAGCAGGCCCAGGAGCACUGGUACACGUCCUACAUUGACUUGCUGCAGCGCUUCCGCCUCUGGAAUGUGUCCAAUGAAGUGGUCAAACUAAGCACUAGUCGAGCCAUCAGCUGUCUCAACCAGGCCUCCACCUCCCUUCAUGUCAACUGCAGUCACUGCAAGCGGCCUAUGAGUGGCCGGGGCUGGGUCUGUGGCAGGUGCCACCGCUGUGCCAGCAUGUGUGCUGUCUGCCAUCAUGUAGUCAAGGGCUUGUUCGUCUGGUGCCAGGGCUGCAGCCAUGGAGGUCACCUGCAGCAUAUCAUGAAGUGGCUGGAGGGCAGCUCCCACUGUCCCGCCGGCUGCGGCCACCUCUGCGAGUACUCCUGA